CAGAAAAAUCAAUUUAAAACAAAGAAGGAAGAGAAAUAGAGAGAGAGUUUGAUUCAAUUAUAGGUUUCAGCACAAAUUUUAUGGCAAUUGCAGCUGCAGCUAGCAGUUCAUCCACGAUGAGCCACGAAGAAAUUAGCAGCUCCAACACCCGCGACAAAAACAACAACGACGACAACAACAAUUGCAGUGACGAUCAACACGAACACGACGUUGUUAUGCCAGGCUUCCGCUUCCACCCCACCGAAGAAGAACUUGUCGAGUUCUACCUUCGCCGUAAGGUCGAAGGCAAACGAUUUAAUGUUGAACUCAUUACUUUCCUUGAUCUAUAUCGCUACGACCCUUGGGAGCUUCCUGCCUUGGCUGCCAUUGGCGAGAAGGAGUGGUUCUUCUACGUCCCUCGAGAUCGGAAGUACCGAAACGGGGACCGCCCCAAUCGAGUUACGACCUCCGGUUACUGGAAGGCCACCGGGGCCGAUCGGAUGAUUCGAACCGAGGAUUUUCGGUCCAUUGGCCUUAAGAAAACCCUAGUUUUCUACUCCGGGAAGGCUCCAAAGGGUAUCCGUACGAGUUGGAUUAUGAAUGAGUAUCGGUUGCCGCAUCAUGAGACCGAGCGGUAUCAGAAGACCGAGAUUUCGCUAUGUCGUGUUUACAAAAGAGCUGGCGUUGAAGAUNACCCGUCGCUCCCUCGUUCUCUCCCAUCGAGAGCGUCGUCGUCUUCGAGACUGAUAAGCUCGUCGACACCGAAGAAUCUUCAUCAAACUUCCUCAUCGUCUACAGACAAGUUCCAGAGAUUCGAGCCUCAAUUCCAUCACCAUCUUCAAAUUGGCACCACCGUUGAAACCACCGCAGCCGACGCCUCCGCUACGAGCUCUUGUGAAGAAGUAACCACCGUCCUCGGCCUCUCGAAACAAAACCCUUUUACCUCAACUCCAUUGAUCAACAUGGCUGCCACUUCUUCUUACACCCCUUUCUUCUCUCCUUCUUCCAAUAAUUCUCUUGACGACCUACAAAAACUCAUUCACUUUCAACAACAACCGCCGCCAUCUACUCCCACCACCCUCAUAAACUCUCUACCAACGCCGUAUUACCAGCCGACGCUACCACCACCGCCGCAGCUACCGGUUGUGUUCCCCGAUAGAUUGUGGGAGUGGAAUCCAAUCCCAGAUGGAGUCAAUCCGUUCAAGUAAAUUCUCGACAAGAAGUCUCAAAUUUUAACCAGUUACACUAUAAUCAGGUUGGCAAUAUCGAUACGCUUCUACUCAUCAUAACGAUUGAAGAAUAACGCCUCCUAGCUCAACCUACUUCAAUUUCAAUUUCCAUUUCUUUUUUUGUUUAUUAUGCAGCUACAUGCGAUGAAGCUCAUGAACAUAAAUAUAUAUGACUAAUUAUAAGUUAGUUUACUAUUGUUUCUUGUUGUCAAUUAUAUAUAUAUAUAAUUAUGCGUAGAAGGGUUUUCUUUAGAUUUUUAAAUAACUAGUUAGAACGUUUUAUAUUCGUAAUAGAUUGAAAGGGGAUCUUGUUCUUGUAGAAGUCAUAUUAGAUCUCAAUAUCAAUAUCAAUAGAUUGUCUUC